AUGGCCGACGUCGAGCUCGCCUCUAUCGCUGUAGGCGGUCGUCUACAGCAACGUCAGACCGCGUCAGACCGCGUCAGACCGGUCCCUCCGUUGGCAGCUCCGGUGUUGGCGGAGAUCCUCGGGAUCAACCCUCGGGCCCUCCCCCCACCUCCCCCAGCCCUUUCUGCAACCUCCGGGACGCUGGGGGCACCUCAGGCGCCCCCCACCGUCGCCCAGCGCGCACGGCCGGAAGCGGGGAAACUCCGGACGAGAGACGCGGAAGACAGAGCACGGAAGCGCAAUCAAGAGAAUCGAGACCGCAACGAGGCAGCUCGCCAGGAGCGCCUCCGUGCGGACUUGGAGGCGGCGGCUAAGGCGAAGGCAGCAGCGCGAAGAGCCCAAGAAGCUGCAAAGGUCACGGCCAUCGAUCGUGCCCUCGACCUACUCAAAGGGGCAGGGGUGACCCUUGGUGACUUCUUGCAAGACACGCUCAGUGACCGCCAUGAGGAGGCCUGGCGCUAUCAUCAACUCUUCAGUGACGAGGCGGUAGUCAGCAAGGUCGUCGAUGCCAUGGCGUCGAAGAGGAAUCGAGCGAAAGCGCGGCACAGGGUCGAGAGCGCGAUGCUCGAAGUGAUUGCGCGCGUCGUCGAGCACGAGGCUACGGCCAUCACGAAGAGCGGCGUGCUCCGUCCACCUUCGAAGGUCGACGAGGACUUCGUGUUAGGCUUCAAGUUCACGAACCUCGUCGAGCUCAUAAACCCGGAGUGUCCAUCCAUUGUGACGCUCUUGAGGCGCAUUGUCCAGACACCGAGGCAAACAGAUCAGUGCUCAGAGGCGAAGCUUGAACACAAAGAGUUCAUCACAUCUAUGUACACGGCGCUUCUGCUAGGUGAACGAAGUCAGCAUAACUCGUGGUUCCGACACGUUUUCGGACUUUACCUCUACUCGGAGGGCGCAUCUCGCCAGCUCAUUACGGUCUUGAAUCACCUCGGCAUUACAGUCAGCUAUGUGACCCUCGCAGGAGGCGGAGCCCUACCUGCGCUUCCGGAGACGUCCGCGACGGAGAGGCAUGAAGGAGAGAACGAACCUGCGGAGGAUGAGGUCGACGAUCCCACGCUUGUGGAAGAUCAUUCCCAUCCCCGCGCUCAUGAGCAAGGGGCGAGUGGUGGGAAGAUGGGCACGCUGCAGAAGCUGACCCUCGAGAUGCGCAAGGUAGCGCGGCGGAUGGCGAAGAAGAACAGCUUCUUGCUGGUAUACGACAACAUCAACAUGAUGUGGCGGGUCGCCGAGCAGAUAGUAGGGCGUACCGGUGGGUUGAAUGGAAAUCCGCGUGCGCUUUCGCUAACUCAGUGCCGCACUACAGACUCCAUGCAAAACGGCACAUGCGCGACGGCCCUGCCACUUUUUAAUGCAAAGGCUGAAGACCUGCGAACGUCAACGUUAGAGAAGCGCUUCGAUGAGGCGCGCGAGCUCCAGAUUGAAGAUCUGCUGCUUACCCCGCAGUACUAUGCGCGGCUUCGCAAGCUCUUCGUCCACUGUGUCAUGCGAAUUAUCGUGCGACGUGGUGGACAGGUGCUGCAGGCGAAGUUUGGGAAGAAGCUGAAGCAGACUGAGCCACGGACGAACAGCAGGAUCGCGCCACAUACCACCAGUGUCCAUCCCCUGCCCGCGCGUCCCAUCAACGAGAACUCGAAGACCGGCAAUGCCGAUGUUAUUCGGGAGUUCAUGGAAGAGCUGGGACAGCCCACCACGGCGACUGAGUUUGCGGACGAAGUACGUCUGGUGGCUGGGGAUCAGCUCUCCAUGGCGCGCUUGAGGGAGGUGGGCGAAGUGAGAGCCGAGAACGAGGGCGGUGCGUCCAGCCUCCGCCACAUCCUGUACACGCCGGGGCUAUUCCACUAUCGAAUCAACGCUACAACGGCGCUGCUGCUGGCUUACCUCGGCAAGAAGAAUCGCGACAUCUCGAACCCCGCCUCCCUGCACGCGCACAACACCAUUCUCCGUUGCAAGCCCAUCGUCGCCACCUCCCUUCCGUCUUUUCGAACGUCCGAGGACGUCAUCAACGAGUCAAAAGACACUCGCAUCCUCGACUGUGCUCUGCGAGUUUCCGGCAAGGCGUCGCUCGCGGAAUACGUGGCGGAUCCUGACUUGGACUGGGCGACCUUGAAAGGGCAUGCAGAUGCGAUAGUAGAUCGCUAUGCGGAUGCGAGGGUAGCCGAGCGCCAUCGCCGGGAGCGGGAACGGGGGAACGAAGAUGCUGGGGAUCAGGUUUUCGAAAGCGCCGUCCUAUUCCUUCGCGAUGCGCUCUUGUUGCAGGAGUUCAAGGACGCUAUCAAAUCCGGCGACUCUGGUCGUGUUCUCACCGUCCUCGAGAGCUGGGUCUUCAGCUACCGAGGCCUCGGUCGUGUGCAGUACGCGAACGAGGUGCUCAUUCUACUUCAUAAUUACAAGAUCGUGUGGCCUAAGAAAAUUCGGGACAUUCUCUUGCAAAAUUGGCUCGUCAACACCACAGGCCGACCCAACGGGUUCCUCGAGGUGGAUCGCUUGCAAGAGCACCUCAACUACUGGAUCAAGAAUUAUUUUCAGGCCCACGGGAGCAACGCAUCGUGGAAUUGGUUGGGUGCUAUCUCGCCGUGCGUGGUGAUCCUACGCUCCCUCUCGAACGAGAUCAGCAGUACGCUCGGCGCGAGACAGGGCAAGCGCCACGCCACGCCCGACCGCACCAAGGAUAUCGACGAACUCAUGGCCAGCCUCGCGCGACACAAGGUCUACGAGUACUGCCCGGGCCGGCGCUUCGAUGCGGACGACACGAGCCAAGUUGACGACGUUAUAGCGCUUGGCUUGAACAAGCUUAUGAAGGGUGGCGCGACAUUACCUUUGGCUCACCACAACGCAUCCUUCAAAGCUCUUCAGGCCGCGUACCGCAUCCCUCCCCUAGUUGGGACUUCCUCUAGCGCUCGGGAGGCGACAUCUCAAGCCGCGGAUGAAGAGGCGCCUGCACGCGCGGCUCCUGCAACCGCUCCGGGCUCGUCCUCGCUCGCCGCCGCGAUUGAUGAGGUGAUGGACCGGCCUCACAUCGAAGUCCUCAACGACGAAGAGAACCUUUGGGCGGCCAUGGAACGCGAAGCUCUUGCCGAUUUCUCCGGCGAUGAAGAGGAUCCCUACGCGCCCGAUCUUGAUGCCGACUGGGUGCCAGAUGAAGACGACGACAUCAUGUCGAACAAAGAUUCCGAUAUUGACGACUCCGGCGAGGAUGCAGAGGGUAUGGGGGGUGGUGAGGACACGGAGGAUGGCGAGGACGAGGAGAAUGUCUUCUAGGCCGCGCUCGUCAUGUUUACUUGCUUGCAAUCUCGCAUUCACGCCUCUCUGACCGACCUAGUACAUGUCUAUGUCAUACUAAGUACCCACGAAGGCGAAAGGCGCGCUUCGGGCGCGCCACUGAGGCGCCGGGCGCGCGCGCCACUCUCAACUUUCAGAGUCGUCCUGGGGUCCGGACCCCAGGAUUGCGUCCCCUCUACGGAGUUGCCCAGUCCGCUCGCGAGCUCGCGGUCCGUUUUCAAAUAUCCCCCUCCCUUUGCCAAUUCCCCCCAACCGAGCCGAACCGCUCACGGACCGCAGCCGCGAGCGGGAACAACUGGCUGGCGAGUCUAGUGUGUCGCAAAAGACGACGUGGGUCUCGUCACGCUCGAAUAAUCGCG